AUGUGCCGGCGCCUGCCCGGCCUCCUGCCGCCGCGGCUGCUGCUGCUGCUGCCCCGGCCCGUGCGGCCGAUCGUGCCCGGCCCGGCGCCCCCGGCGCCCCCGCCCCGCCCGCGGCCGCCCGGCCCGCGGCCCCCCGGCCCCCGCAUGGCCCCGCCCCGCAUCGGGACCCACCACGGCGUCUUCCACUGCGACGAGGCGCUGGCGUGCGCGCUGCUGCGCCUGCUGCCCGAGUACCGGGAGGCGGAGAUCGUGCGGACGCGGGACCCCGAGAAGCUGGCGGCUUGUGACAUCGUGGUGGACGUGGGCGGCGAGUACGACCCGCAGAGGCACCGCUACGACCACCACCAGCGGUCUUUCACAGGGACCAUGAGCUCCCUGGCCCCCGGGAAGCCGUGGCAGACCAAGCUGAGCAGCGCGGGACUCGUCUACCUGCACUUCGGCCACAAGCUGCUGGCCCAGCUGCUGGGGACCAGCGAAGAGGACAGCGUGGUGGGCACCCUCUAUGACAAGAUGUACGAGAACUUCGUGGAGGAGGUGGAUGCCGUGGACAACGGCAUCGCCCAGUGGGAUGGGGAGCCGCGCUACGCGCUCACCACCACGCUGAGCGCCCGGGUGGCUCGCCUCAACCCUGCCUGGAACCAGCCCGACCAAGACACGGAGGCUGGGUUCCAGCGCGCAAUGGAGCUGGUUCGGGAAGAGUUCCUGCAGAGACUGGACUUCUACCAGCACAGCUGGCUGCCGGCCCGGGCCCUGGUGGAAGACGCGCUGGCCAAGAGGUUCCAGGUGGACCAGAGUGGAGAGGUAGCGGAGCUGGCCAAGGGCGGGUGCCCCUGGAAGGAGCACCUGUUCUGCCUGGAAUCCGAGCUGCGCCCCCCCGCGGCCAUCGCCUUUGUUAUCUACACGGACCAGGCCGGACAGUGGCGGGUGCAGUGCGUGCCCAAGGAGCCCCGUUCGUUCCAAAGCCGGCUGCCCCUGCCAGAGCCCUGGCGGGGCCUGCGAGACGAGGCCCUGGACCGGGCCAGUGGGAUUCCUGGCUGCAUCUUUGUCCAUGCCAGCGGCUUCAUUGGGGGCCACCGCACCCGAGAGGGUGCUCUGGCCAUGGCCCGCGCCACCCUGGCUCAGCGCCCAGCACCCACGCCGCCUACAGAUCCCCAGGAUAAAUAAAGUU